AUGUCAAAGAAUAAGAAUAACUCUUCAUGUAAACCACCAAUACAAUUGAUUCUGCUUGAUACUACUUGCCAAAAAUGGAGCUGAAAAAACGUAUUGUUCCAUUGUCAUUCUUGUUUACGUUGCUUUACAUUCACUGCACGGUUGAUUAUGCGAAAGGCUCGGUAGCAACAAUGGUAAAAAGUAUGACUAGAAGAAGAUCUAUCCAGGAGCAAGUUGGUGCUGGACCAGAGGAUGUGUGUGCAGGCAUUUUGGGGCCCGGAUGGCAGAAGAUGAGCACUAACCAAAGUCCAUGCCCAGAAUUAGUUGUGUGGGUACCAAAGAAACCAGGCUUCUCUGAGUUUGUACAAGUCAACAAAGAAUCUAAACUCGAAGGGGGAUUUUCCAUAGCCAUAUUCUGCCAUUCAUUACAAUUAUUGCCUUACAACAUUCAGCCUAUCUUCAAACCUUUUGUAAACGACAAAGGGGAAAGCAAGGGUACCAUGUUUCAACUUCUAGAGAAUAUUAAAAACAAGAAUUGUGAGGCUGCGGCAGGUGAUAUUACUAUACGUUCUGAUCGAGCUAAAUUCAUUGAUUUUACAACUCCUUAUCUAAGCUCUGAAGUUUAUAUGCUUGUGCGUGGUUCACAUGAAUGGAAUCAAACCCUGUUGACGUUCUUGAAACCUUUUACCUGGAGAUUAUGGAUCACAAUAAUCGGUGCUUGUCUCUUUAUUGGAGUUGCAAUUGCAAUUUUGGAAUACCGUGUUGGCAACCCCAAAUUUGCAAUCCCAUUCUAUCAUAAACUCGUAAUGGUCGUAUGGUUUCCUAUAUCGACAUUCUACUUCCGUGAAGGAAAGAUACUCAAUAGGUGCUCUAAAAUUGUGCUUGUUAUGUGGCUAAGUAUGAUCUUCAUAGUACUUCAGGUUUUUACAGCUACUUUGUCCUCGUGGUUAACAAUAAAUCAACUACGUCCCAGAUUGCCUUCAAGUUUUGAUAAUGUUGGAUAUCAAGAAGGUUCCUUUCUAGAAAAUUUCAUMCUGCAGGAAGGGAAUGGUUUUGGAAAUCCAGUGGCUCUAAAAACACCUGAAGAUUAUGAAGAUGCUUUGUCUAGUGGCAGAGUAAAUGCAGUUAUUGAUGAGCUUCCCUACAUCGAACUAUUUCUUGCUAAGUAUGGUUCUGAUCAUUACAUGAAGUUUGGACCGAUAAACCAAGAAUCUGGACUUGCAUUUGCCUUCCCUCGUCCAUCUCUUCUAGUAGACGAUUUUUCUAGGGCAGUCAUAAAUAUCACUGAAAAUAAAAUUAUGAUGGAAUUGAUGGAAAGAUAUCUUGGGUUCUCUACUSCUGAUAAAUCACAAUCUAAUCAACCCCUUCCACAAAGUCUUGAYGUUCAGAGUUUCAUUGGAUUAUUCAUAUUCAUGGCGGGUGUGACUAUUGCCGCCGUUAUCUCAUCAGAAAUCUCCCUUAUGCGUGGAAACAAUAAUAUUGUUCCUAUAACAGUCUAGUUUUGUUAUCGAUUAAACUUGGUAUAUUCAUUUACAUGACA